UCUUUGGUACAGAGCUUCUGUUGCAAUCUGGGGAAGAAGUGUCAUCUUUUACCUACUGCAUAUGUUAAAAGAGGCUCCCAAGUAGGAAGUGAAGCUGAUUCGGGGCUUCAGGAAGAAUGGAGACGGCAAUGAACAGGACAAGGAAUGAGGUCACAUACACUCAGAGUAACCCACUGUUUGACAUGUCACUCAGCAGGAGUGAUCUCUACAGCCUUCAGCCUGAUGAUCUGAAGUCAUCCAGGCCCAGGAAACUACGGUGUUUUCAUAUCAUAGUUAUUUACCUCGUCCUGCAGACAGUCCUUAAUGCUUUUCUUCUUUAUAAAGUUUUCACACUGGAGGCUUCACUGGCUCGCCCCAGAUCAGAGGGGCAAACGUCCAAUGAUGUUUCUCAUGGUUAUGAAAGCUUCCAAACUCUCAUACAAAACAACAGUCAAGAAACCAAGAACCUGAGACACCACCUAUGGACGCUGGAGAGCCAGAUUAAAGGCCUGUGUGGCGAGGAAGGUCAGCUGGACAAACUGAAGACCGACCUGAGCCUGCUCAACACCACCACCCAUAACCUGGAAGGCAAACUAACAGUCAUCAGCUUGAAGCCAGGACCCCCAGGUCCUCCAGGCACCAAUGGACAUCCAGGUAACCGAGGAGAAAAAGGCAGCAAAGGAGACCAUGGAGAUAACGGCCUUCCAGGACCAAAGGGUGAAAGAGGAGACAAAGGAGAACAAGGAGAGCCAG